AUGGCCACCGAAGAGACAGUACAGCUGAGCGAGGCACACGCGCCUCAGCAGGCGUCCAUAGAUGCAGUCGAAUCUAUAUUGGAUACCCUGAAGGAGGAGCUCGUGAAGCUUCGUCGCGACCACGAUCGACACGAGCCAGAGUACUUCCGCGCCGUCAAGCAUGUCUCCGACUCAGACCUGACUUCAUUCACCGCCGGCGACCUCGAGUCCGUCCGCGCCGCCAUCUCGGCAUAUGGCCUGCACUUGUUCGGGAAGAUUCAACUUCCAGCCGUCGACGACAGUUAUAUUCACAUACGUGUGUUCGGCUCGCCGAAGGAGGGCACAGAUGGUAGCAGUGCGGAUGAGCGCGAGUACAGUCUGCAUAGCAUUCACACCGAAGAGGUCAUCAGGGAGGACGGCGACAGAGUGUACAGAGCCGUGUUUGGACGUAACGAUGAGCUCGAGUGGUUCGACACAUAG